AUGUCGGUACGUGCUGCGCUGAAGGACCCAAACUGGUGCGACACCAUGCAACAAGAGUUCAGCGCUCUCCAAUCCAACAAGAUCUGGACUCUUGUGCCACGCCCGCCCGGAGCUCACGUCAUCACUGGCAAGUGGAUAUUCCGCGUCAAGCUCAAGUCCGACGGAUCAUUGGAUCGCUGCAAGGCCCAAUGGGUCGUGUGUGACUUCCACCAACGACCCGGGAUCGACUUCACCGAGACGUUCUCACCAGUAGUCAAGCCGGCUACGAUCCGCACCGUGCUCACCCUCAUCGCCUCCAAGAACUGGCCAGCGCAUCAACUCGAUGUCUCCAACGCGUUCCUCCAUGACGACAUCGCAGAACGCGUCUUGGCGCAGCCAACCAAAUUCGAGGAUCCACAAUGA